AGCCAUGAAAAUAGAAACUUGGCAAUUUCAGAAAUGUGACAUGUCUCUUUAGAGUUCUUUUUUUUACGUCUCUUUAGAGUUGAGUUCACGGCUCAAACACCAUCUCUGUUCACUUAUAAAUCAGAAAUCUGAACAUCUUUGUUAUCUCAAAGAAAAAAAAACUGAACAACUUUGUAUAAUUGUAUCUCUAUCAACAAAGUCUCUCUCUCUCUCUCUCUCCGUGGAUGGAUGCCUUCUCAUCCUCUCUCUUCUCCAAGUUCCAGCACCCAGAGCUACUUCAAUGGGUCACCAAGCCCAGAGCAACGACUAUGUCUCCUAACGCUCCUAUCUUCACUAUUUCCUCUGUUAGGAUCGAAGAGAAGCCCGAGAAAGCAACAAACUUUAUUACUAGACAAGAGCCUUCAAAAACAGAAACUCAACUUGGUUCUGUUGCUAGUUCAUCAACAGAAGGAACAACCACCGGAAGACGGUUUGAACUGUCUAUCCCGGCCACCAUCUUCAACGGAUUGGACGACAUCAUCAACAACUUCAUCGACCCUCCUCGCCACCCCUCCAUCGACCCAAAGCAUGUGCUUGCAGACAACUUCGCCCCUGUCGACGAGCUGCCCCCUACUGACUGCCCCAUUAUAGAGGGGACGCUCCCACCGUGCCUGGACGGUGUCUACAUCCGCAACGGACCCAACCCACAGUACCAGCCGCGCGGCCCUUACCACCUCUUCGACGGCGAUGGCAUGCUUCACUCUCUCCGCAUAUCCCAAGGCCGCGCCACCUUCUGCAGCCGCUACGUCCACACUUAUAAAUACAGCAUCGAGCGUGAGGCGGGUUUUCCCAUCCUUCCCAACAUCUUCGCAAGCUUCCACGGCCUCAUGGCCACCGUUACGCGCGGUGCAGUCACUGCGGGAAAAAUCCUCACGGGGCAAUUCAACCCCAUCAAUGGCAUUGGCCUCGCCAACACGAGUCUGGCUUUCUUUGGCAACCAACUCUUUGCCCUCGGGGAGUCCGAUCUUCCGUAUGCCAUAAGAUUAACUCCAGAUGGAGACGUCCAGACUAUUGGACGCUGGGAUUCAGACAAACAGCUCUCCAUGAGCAUGACGGCCCACCCCAAGAUAGAUGCAGACACGGGAGAGGCCUUUGCUUUCCGCUACAAUCCAAUGCGACGGCCCUUCGUGACUUACUUCCGCUUCGACGCAAACGGGUCGAAGCAUCCGGAUGUGCCCAUCUUCUCCAUGGCGCAACCGUCUUUCCUUCAUGACUUCGCCAUCACCAAGAAAUACGUCAUCUUCACAGGCAUGGAGUUGAACCCAAUUGAGAUGAUUGUGAGAGGAGGGUGCCCGGUGAGGUUGGACCCUAAGAAGGUGCCGAGGAUCGGAGUGAUCCCACGUUAUGCCCAGGACGAAACCGAGAUAAGAUGGUUCGAUGUGCCGGGAUUCAACAUUAUUCACACCAUUAACGCAUGGGACGACGAGGAGGAUGAGGACACGAUAGUCUUAAUAGCGCCCAGUAUAUCGUCGGAAGAGAAAAUCUUAGACAGGAUAGAUUUGAUGCAUAUGACAGUAGAGAAGAUGAAGAUGGACCUUAGGACAGGCGCGGUGUCGAGGUACAUUCUCUCGGCAAGGAAUUUAGACUUUGGAGUGCUGAAUCCAGCUUUCGUGGGGAAGAAAAGCCGGUACGCCUAUAUGGCAGUUGGGGAUCCCAUGCCCAAGAUAUCAGGGGUGGUGAAGCUGGAUCUGGACGCUACGAGAGAUCUAGAGGGGCGCCGAGACUGCGUCGUUUCGUGUCGGACCUAUGAGCCGGGGUGUUACGGAGGAGAGCCCUUCUUUGUGGGAAGGAACCCCAGAAGCACGGAGCCGGCCGACGAGGACGAUGGGUACUUGGUGUCGUAUGUCCACGAUGAAAAUACUGGGGAGUCGAGGUUCUUGGUAAUGGAUGCCCGGUCGCCGACGCUUGAGGUUGUGGCCACUGUGAAGCUGCCCCGCCGAGUGCCUUACGGUUUCCAUGGUCUCUUUGUCGGCGAAGAUGACCUCAGAAAUCUGUAGACCAGAAUGGACAGUAAAUGGUUGGGGAUUAAGGUAAUCUCCAAGACAAUAAUUCUUUGGAUUAAGAGGUUGUCGCUUGGGACUGUUUGAUGUAAUAAACUAAUUGCUGAUUAAAAAUGGUUAUGAAAUCUAUUCAUGGAGAGUGUGAAUCGAAAAGAUUUUUUUCUGUGUUC